AUGUUGUCGGCUCCCGUUAAGUCGGCGAAGCGCAUAUCUUCCCUCUUCUCGCUGGGAUCCAAAGAUCGAGAUUCACAAAACUCUCCUGUUUCACCAGGAUUUCAAGACACCGCCAACAGACGGAGAAGCAGUUCCAAGCCCACCCGCCAUGUAUCGACCCCAAAUGCGGUGUUUUCUUCAGAACCCCGUACGAUGCCGGACCCUCUCGACCUAGAAAGUCUUCCGCCGCCUCCCUCCCUCCUAGCAGUAAACCAUGAUCUGGCGAGCAGUGCCCCAAGCUCACCAUCCGAUGCUCGCCCACGGAGCAGGGGCCGGGAUAUGAGCCGACCUUCUAGCUCGGUAGGACUGGCUAUCCCGGGAUCAAACCCGGACUCCAGACCCAGCACGCCCUCGAAGCGCAGGAGUUGGAUGCCGGGUCGGUCGCGCGCGAGCUCAAUCGACAAGAGGCCGCUCGCUCCUCAAUUACCGGCUGCCUGGAUUGCUGGACUCGACCAGAAGGUCGUGUACGAUCUUUCGCCGUUGUCUAGGGGAGAACAGAUCCCCGAACUCUGGAACGAACAGGGCGACACCUACGUGUACCUGUUUCCGCAGAACACCGGCCGUGCCCCGUCAUUCAAGGUCGAUUCCACCAUCUUCGCUGAAUCUCCCUCCCUCACAUACCUCGCCCGCGGAAGCGAUGCCAAGAAUGAUCUCGAGCAACCCACACGCACAUUAUCGCUCAACCCGAUGUCGCCCUCGUUGACGCCGCAGGACCAGGACGACGACAACGACAGUUCAGGAAGCCAGCGAAUGGCUUUUGUCGAUGAUACCCCGGAGGAAGUUCAGGAGCUUCAUCUCUAUCUGCCUAUCCCCUUAAACUGCGAUGUUUCUAACCCCCAGGCGCGCCUGCAGCAAGAUGAUACCGAGACCCUCCUCUUGUUCCGCAACUUGUUCGCAUUCCUCCUCGGACAGUCUUUGAUUGCCUCGCCCAAGUCCGCAACACUGUUCUCGAUCUUCAUGGAUGUGGCGGUACUCUUGGCCCGCUUCGAAUUCUCAAACUUGGACGGUUCCAACUUUGGUGAAACCGCUACCUCUAGCUUCAGCAACUACUGUGAGGAACUGCGUUUGGCAGAUGUCCGCCGAAGCCGGGAGAAGACUAUCGAGGCCAUCGUUUUGGGUGAGCGCCUACGCUACUAUCCGCUCUACAUUGAAGGGUUCGUGCACGGUGUCGGAAAAUUGGACGAGCUGAAGCAACUCAGAAGCCCGAAGUACACAUUCAUCCACCCCAUCACACAAAAGCGGCUGGAGCGAGCGUUCAUUGAUCUCGACAACCGUCUUCGUGGUCUCUACGGUAAACUCGCGGACUUCGACUUCCCCUCCGUCUUCUCUGGCUCCGCCAACUCGAACACUUCCGAGGAAAGUAAGGUGGUGCGCUUCAAGAACUGGAAAGCCGGCUUCCACGAAUUCCGUCGCUUCACUAUCCAAUACUACAGACAGAAGUACGGCUCGUGGCCACCAAAGGCCCGCUCGAAGAAGAACGAGUUUGAGGAGAAUGGUCUUAACCGUCUUCUCCUGCUCGAUCUAUAUCACGAUUUCACCGACUUAUACGACCUGCUGGUUGAUCGCACAUCACUGACAACACGCUCAAUCGAUGUUUCAGGGACAGGUGAAGCUUCUGCUACUUCUGAACCCAAGGAGAUGGCUGUUCGCGCCCUGCGUCAUAUUCUCAGCGAGUAUGACCGCAGUACGCCGCCCGUACUGCCUCCCAUUCCAUUCGACAUUCCGCAGUUCCCCUCGCUGCAGCCAUUGCAUCGGAAACCCAUGGACGCCAAGAAGGAAGCCAAGCAGAGUACCAAGAAGCUCAAGAACUCAGACGUCAACGCUGUGUUGAUGGGCUCCUACACUCGUGAGAGCAUGCGGCCUACUCCGUUCAUCGAGAGCUUCAUGCAAUUCGAACGUCGCUGCGCCCAGGGCAGGAACAUUAAUGAUAUCAUCGAUCUCCGCUGUGGUCAGUGGAUCUUCUUAUACUGCGUCAUCCAGGCCCUGCCCAUGCUGGUUGUGGAUGUCCCCGAUGUCCAAUUCAGCGAAGGCGUCGAGUACUUCCUCUGCAUUGCUCCCCGCGGUGGUGCUCCUUGGAUCCACAAUGACACCAAGACUGCUCGCAGCUGGUUUGGAGUUGCUGGCGGCGCUGGGGUCGUCAGCCUACCGACUGAUGUCGUUAUCAACGGUGUCGAAGGUGUCUACCGCCGUAGUCACUGUUGGCAGGUAGCUCAGCAAUGGGCCGAGACAGGCGCUAUGAUUGACCCUCCGAUGAUUGAAGAUGCCACCUACGAGGACGCCGAAUCUUCCAUCUCAUCCCCCUACCAGGGUCACCAUUCCUCCGCCGGAUCUUCCUCAGAACCCUACCCCUUGAUGGUCCCCGGCGGCGGCCUCACUCCGCCUCCUCCUGCCAUCCCGCGCCAACGUUCUCCUGGUGCUGGCGCCCGGUCGGAGCAUCGCCAUUCGAUCUACCCCGGACUGGAAGCCCUGCCUCUUCCCGCGGGCAUUGCUCCCAUCGAACCACCCGCUCGUCCCAUCAGUCGAUUCAACCCGAAUAUGAGCUUCGACGAUAUCCUGAAGGAGGUGCCCAAGAAGGGGAAGAAGAACUAA